UUGCAAUGCCUCUUAAUGGGCCACUAGAUACACUGAACACAGAAUGGUCUGGCGGCCCUGGUGUAGCCGCUUUCUCACACAUUUCUAUCACCUUUUUAUCUACCUGUGAGCUUCUUCCGUCGCCGUAUAGAUUUUUCGUAAGCAAAUGUAGGGGACAGGAAAAAAUAAGCAAUAACACAACAAGUGCCACUGUCUCCCCCCACAUUUCGAAAGGUUUGCCAACGGCUCUGCGACGCUGUGUUGUUUGCAGGAACCAACUGCAUCUUUUUACCCGGAAACUUCAUCUGGUUAUGCUAACGACUUGCCUUACCUGUAUGCGCUGAAACUCACAUGCUACAGUAGGUGGUUUUAAGUUAACGCAAAUUCCUUUAAAGUGAGUGAAAAGGAUAUAUUCACGCCAGUUGUGAAGGUGUAAUUACUUAACACUUGCAACAUGGCUGCUGCGGGAGCCUCAGUGAGAAAAGUUUGACACUGACGUGGGAGAAGUUUUAUGCGAAUGCUAGUUGGUACAUGAGUUGUUGGCCAGAUAUUGAAGUCGUCAGCAGACUCCUGCAGCCUGGCAUCGCUUUCCCGGACUUACAAACCAGUGGAUGAACCGUGCAAGAGCCCCCCUCCUCCUCUGUAGUCACCGCCGACAGUCACUGCAGUGGACUUAGUAGGGAAACUGUGGUGUCUUCCUCUCCAUCGUAAGCUCUGGUGGCGUUGAAGGAGUUGUCGUCGGGCAGCAGGCUGUGAUUCGAGCUGAAAAUGCAUUUUUCCAUACCCGAAACGGAGGUUCGUUCGGGAGAAAAUGGAUCAUCGUAUGUGGCCUACAACAUCCACGUCAAUGGCGUGCUGCACUGUCGGGUCCGCUACAGUCAACUUCUUGGCCUCCAUGAACAGAUAAAGAAAGAAUAUGGCAGCAAUGUGGUGCCUGCAUUCCCUCCAAAGAAGAUCUUCACACUGACUCCUGCCGAGGUUGAACAGAGACGAGAACAGUUGGAGAAAUACAUGCAGGCUGUGCGUCAGGAUCCCUUGCUUGGUGCCAGUGAGAUGUUCAACAGUUUCUUAAGAAAAGCACAACAGGAGACGCAGCAGAUUCCCACAGAAGAGGUUGCUCUAGACAUCUGCCUCUCCAACGGUCAGAAGGUCACCGUCAACAUUCUGACCUCGGAUCAGACGGAGGAUGUCCUUGAUGCUGUUGCAACAAAGCUUGACCUUCCAGAUGACCUUGUUGGUUACUUCAGUCUGUUUCUGGUCCGUGAGAGUGUGGAUGGAGGUUUAACAUUUGUGCGGAAGCUGCAGGAGUUUGAGCUGCCUUACGUAUCCAUUACGAGCUUGCGGAGCUCUGAAUUUCACAUACUCCUACGGAAAAGCUAUUGGGACAUGGCGUACGAUGGUGAUGUCAUGGACAACCGAGUUGGCCUGAAUUUGCUAUAUGCCCAGACAGUGUCUGACAUCGAGCGAGGCUGGAUACUCGUCAACAAAGACCAGCACCGGCAGCUCAAAUCACUGCAGGAGAAAGGCUCCAAGAAAGAAUUCAUCCAUCUAGGUCAGACUCUGAAAUAUUAUGGCUAUAUCAAGUUCGACCCUUGCAUCACCGACUUCCCCGAGAAGGGAUGCCAAGUCAUCGUCAGCGCUGGCAACAACGAGCUCAACUUCCACGUCAAACUGCCCAACGAACAGAUGAAGGAGGGGAGCUUCAAGGUCACACGUAUGAGGUGUUGGCGAGUCACGUCUUCUCAAGUCCCAGUAGUCAACGGCACCACCAAUCCCUGCAGCUCAUCCAAAUGCGACGUCAAACUGGAGCUGGCCUUUGAGUAUCUCAUGAGCAAGGACCGCCUCCAGUGGGUCACCAUCACCAGUCAACAGGCAAUCAUGAUGAGCAUCUGCCUUCAGUCUAUGGUGGAUGAAUUAAUGGUGAAGAAGUCAGGCGGCAGCAUAAAAAAGAUGCUGAGGAAACGACACAACGGCUCCAUCCACAGGCCCGACAGUCAGCAAACUGUGAAAUCUCCCCCUCUGCUGGACUCCCCUGACCCGAACCGUGAACAAAUCGUCAAACUCUCAACCAAGCUGAGCUCCGUGUCCCUCCGAGGGAUCAGCACCUCCAGCUCAGCAAAUGACAUCAGUGGCAAUGAUUUCCAUGGCAACUACGCUUUCGAGGGAAUUGGGGAUGAUGAUCUGUAACCGCUGACAUGCCCUCUCCCCCUCUUCAUUCCACUGUCAACAACCGGGACAACAAAGAUUACAAGUUGAGCUGAGCUGAGCCGAGCGGACCACACGUGGCGUCCGAUUCUGCAAGAUUGUAGCUUCUUCCUGCCUUAAGCUCUCAUUUAAUCUUUGACAGUGUCCGCUUUUUUUUUUUUUUUUUUUUUUAAGACUCUUAAAUGCUCACCUUGAUUUGUACUCUCAGUUACAAUCAUCAUAUUCAAUUCAAAUUUCGUCCCCUAAGUUAUUAACGUUGUGACGACAUACGGUAAAUAGCACGUGAAGCUACAGGUGGUUAAAUAGGGAGGCUUUCCGUAUGUUCCUGUUUGACAAAUUCUGACUUCAGUUUCACAUGGAUCACUGGUUCAUAUGUGAAGUUCUACAAUGCAGUUAAGUUCUUAAGGUACAAACUAAAUUAAUAUAUUAUAAACUACACAAAGAAAACCUGCUAUAUCCUACAAUGUUCCCUCAGUGGCUGCAUGUUCCUUCCCAACCAGGAAGCCGAAUGUUUAGUUAGACCUGGCACUAGUGACAAUACGGCAGAACUGGACAUGGAUAGUUCUCAAAAUGACCCAGAGUCGGGCGAAUGUGUUGAAAUCGAUCUCUAAAAACUAUAGACUAUCGAAAGCAACUGCUUACUUAAAUGGAUUAUCAAUGUCUGGCUUGGCUUUAUACCAAAAUGUCAUGUUUUUAUACUGUUAGUUGUACUCUGUGUGUCAUGCUAUUCAUGUGUCAGUAAAUAUGUUAGCAGGAUAAGAGUGGUGUUUUCAGCUUACAUUUGAGGCACAGUCACUCAUAUUGCCUUCAGAAAUAGUCAGAUGCCUUAACUUUUACUUUUUAUCCUUGUGGGUUGUCAUUUAACUGGACAUUGGUUGAAACUUAAACGUCAGCGUCAGCUGGUUAGCCUAGAAUCUUGCAGAACUUGAUAGAUGGUUUAUUCGGCCGAGCUGCUUGCACUUGCUGAAUCCAUCAUUUUGCACAGUAUUACAGGUGGAGAUGAAUGUUUGAGUGGAAGCUCGAGCAUGACUUUUAACAUUGUGUGGAGAUUUUUUUUUUUCCCCAGCAGGCUCUGUAAAUCCAUCUAUGACUUUUUUUUUAAACCAAUUUUUUAAAGGUUUCUCAUAAAUGCCAAAUUAUAGUUUACUAAAGCAUUUUGCACAAAAUAAACAAAAAUUAUGACAAUGUCACUUUUUAUAUUAUGUACAUGCAAUUAAGUAUUCUGAACAUUUACUAAUAUCUAUAUAACAUCAAUAGCUUAUUGUAAUCAAAUAGAUCAAAUGUAAUCUAAGCUGUAUAGAACAAAAAGUUUAAGUGGACUAACAUUUAUCAUUGUUUACAUAAUGUUUAGAGGACUUAUUAGUUAAAUGGAAAGUGUUUACAAAUUUUUCAUCUGAUUUUCUUUGUCUUGUUCUUUUUGGGGCGAGUAAUAGAAUUGUGGAGAGCACUCUUCGGCGCUUCAGUUCAUUGUAAUUUGUAAUAUGUACAUUGUGCCAAUCAUCUCAGAGGAUUUAGCUGAAAAGGUGCUUUGGUGAAGCAGUGAAUGUGAUCACAAUUGCUGGAGUGGACAAAGUUCGUGGAGAGCAGGCAACAAAAUGAACAUAUCCCAUUGUUUUAUAAGACUCGUCAUUCCAUUUUAAUCAAUGUUGGCGUCUGGCAGCGUCUUUUGAAGCCUCUCGAUGUAAAUCGGUGCCAACCUAUCAACAGCUUUACUCUCACUGGUAGCCAGAACUGUAAACAAAAUGUUCUCAAUGUAAAUGUUUUGUUCUAUCACUGCUGUGCUUCUUCUCUCUUCUCAGUUGCAUUUACAGUAGCGGUAUGUGGAGGCCACCAUUCAUUUUUGUUUUCUAUUCGUGUCAGUGCAAGGUACAUGGAAGCUGUAAGGCCGUGGGUGUUAAUAAAUGCGUAGGUGCCAAAUUACACUUUUAAAGUGCAUUUAUCAUCAGCAACACUUUUACAGGAAAUGUCAAAUUUAAUGAAGUUUGUAUGGGCUUGAUUGAUUCCACUAGUUUUCAUUUUGAUUUUGGUGGUGAGGUCAGUGACAGCUGUCAUAAUGCUACAAUAAACUCUGAAAUUAGGUGA